AUGAUCAAACCGGCCGCGGACAACGGACAUGACUCCUCGGAGAUAGUGCCAGGUGGUGAUCAUUCGACCGGGUGCGGCGACGGCAUGCUUGUGUUAUUUGCAACGCUGGCCGCGCUGGUGGCACGUAUAGGGGCCGGGCCGCACGAACAUCGUGCUCGGCACCAUGCGCCUGACCAUCCACCGCACUUCCCAGUACCAGCUCCACCACAACCAUAUAGAGGACAUGGCGAGGCAGUCCGAUAUAAUCCGGAAUUAGACACUAUUCUCCCGCGUCUCGACGAACAUGAAACCUCGUCUAAACGAGCCAAAUUCGAGGAAGCGGAAUCAUCUUCAAAACGUGCAAGAUACGAUGAUAGAUUUUACUCGAAUCAUGAACGAGCUGAAGAGUUCAUGGCCGAUGAGCCCCAAUUAGGUCCUGAAGAUGAGGAUCCUCUAAUAGUAAGAACAAGGAAGGGUAAAGUUAGGGGAAUAACGCUCACUGCAGCGACAGGAAAGCAAGUCGAUGCUUGGUUCGGAAUACCUUACGCUCAAAAACCAUUAGGAGACCUCAGAUUUCGACACCCGAGACCUGUUGAAAGUUGGGGUGAAGAAAUACUUAAUACAACAACACUGCCACAUUCAUGCGUCCAAAUAGUAGAUACAGUGUUCGGUGAUUUCCCAGGAGCAAUGAUGUGGAAUCCCAACACGGAUAUGCAGGAAGACUGUCUCUAUAUAAAUAUAGUUACACCAAGACCUCGGCCUAAAAAUGCUGCAGUAAUGUUAUGGGUAUUCGGUGGAGGGUUCUAUUCUGGAACCGCUACUUUAGACGUUUACGACCCAAAAAUUCUCGUUUCCGAAGAAAAAAUUGUUUAUGUAUCCAUGCAGUAUAGAGUGGCAUCACUUGGCUUCUUAUUUUUUGAUACGCCCGAUGUUCCCGGGAAUGCUGGAUUAUUUGAUCAAAUUAUGGCAUUGCAAUGGGUAAAAGAUAACAUAGCAUAUUUUGGCGGCAAUCCUCAUAAUAUAACUUUAUUCGGAGAAUCAGCUGGUGCUGUGUCGGUAUCCCUGCAUUUGUUAUCGCCUCUCUCAAGGAAUUUAUUUUCCCAAGCGAUAAUGCAGUCAGGGGCAGCAACAGCUCCUUGGGCGAUAAUUUCUCGUGAAGAAAGUAUACUUCGCGGUAUACGUUUAGCUGAAGCUGUUCAUUGUCCAAAUUCGAGAACAGACAUGGGACCUAUGAUUGAUUGCUUAAGAAAGAAAAGCGCCGAUGAACUAGUGAAUAACGAAUGGGGUACAUUAGGCAUUUGGCGAGAGUAUCUGUCGCUUGCUAUUAAUUCCAGCGCCGUAGGGCACGGGUUGCGGGUAAAACAAUGUGCUUUUUGGCAGAAAUACUUACCUCAACUCAUGGCUGCCACUAAUAAACCGGAGAUUCCCAAGAACUGCACCAACGCAGCUGUUACACCUCGCGUUUUCCUCGGAACAUUCAGUUUUAGUUUCGUCGCAAUAGUUAAUAUACCAUCGAUAUUUUUGAUGUUCACAAAA